AUGGCUACGACCAUUGCGAUCCUCGGCGCGACAGGGAAGACAGGGCGCGAAGUGCUGCAGCGACUUCUUCCACUUCAGGAUGUGAAUAUACGAAUCUACGUGCGGUCGGCCACGAAGCUCGUCGACCUUUUCCCGUCGCUGCCUUCGCAUCCGCGCGUUUCAAUCUUUCAGGGCCCACUCGGCGACGUCGAAAACAUGUGCAAGUGUCUGAAUGGUGCCGAGCGGGUCGUCUUCACCCUCGGUGAAAACGACAAUCGCCCGGGCGUGAGCGUGAUCGAGGACGGUGCGAGGACGGUCAUUGCCGCUCUGGAGGCGUUGCGGGGGGACAAACAAGACUGGCAGCGACCGCGGGUUCUGCUUCUGUCGUCUGCGACGUGGAAUCCCACCUUGGCUGCCGUGCGGCCGGCCGUGAUCCACUGGGCAAUCAAAACCGCCUUUGUCCACCCUUACGCGGAUCUGCGACGAGGCCAAGCGGUCUUUCUAGCCGCCUCGCCGCUGGUCAGUGUCGUCCUCGUGCAGCCCAACGGCCUUAUCGAGGACGAACCCAGCGGGCACGAGAUCAACAUCGACCGAGCCACCCUUACCGUGACUUACGGCGACCUAGGCGCUGCGUUCGUCGACCUGGCUUGCGACAGAGAAUUCGACGCCCUGCCCGCAGUCGGUGUGUCGAGCAAGAACGGCGACAACGGCCUGAAGUACGGCCCCAUUCUCGGGUACAGAAUCAUUAGAGGUCUGUGCGCCACGUAUAUCCCGGGGUUCUGGCACAUGCACAAGUUGGUUGUCUCGACAGUCGCAACGUUGACGUUUAAAGGAAAAGCGGCGUCAUAG